AUGGAUAUCAACGAAGGUACAACUACAGAAGACCUAUGGACCCCGUACAAGGAGCUAGCGGCGGUUGUCGAAAGCUAUCUCACAAACGAAGGCAGUGGAGCUCCGUAUGCCGUCCAUACGUUUGAAUCAGUCCUUCGAAGGCAUAAACAAACAUUCCUGUCCCUUCUGAAAAAUCCCGCAAAGAACCCAGCAAGCAGGGAGGAGAUAAAAAGAGGUAUUACUGAAGGAGUGAACCUUCCCAGUGUGGGCAGAACUUUCCUCUCUAAAGAGUUGGUAGAUGAAGCCAUAAUAUUGUCAGAUAUGUACAAUGCCAACGAGUAUGCAUGCUUAGAAUUAUUGCAUACUGCUCAGCGCCAAAGUUCCCGUCGACCGGGCCUAGCACGAGGUUUGUUAGCAGUCCUCUUGUAUUAUGACGGCAAACGUGCUCUCGUGCAGGCACUACGAGAGCUUGUUAUGGCAAGAGAUGGUGUAUCAUGGUCGAUACCGGCGCGCGAGGAGGUGGUGUCGUACGUGUCGCGCUACGUGUCGGCGCUGGCGGCGGACGGGCUGCUGGGCGGCGCGCUGGACGCGCUGCGGCGCUGCGAGCCGGACGCCGAGCUCGAGCUGCUGCGCCGCGCGCGCGCGCUGCCGCCGCCGCGCCACCUCGCGCGCCUGCUGGCCUGCAUCCAGACCACCAGAAAAUUACUAGCCGGAGUCAUAUUUGCAGCAUCUGCUCAGCUUGGCCUAGAAAGAGAUAUUCUCCUAAGGCUGUUAUCAGAACAAAUGACAUCGCCAUCAAAAGGACCAACGGGUGCAUUGGAUGAGAUAUCACUGGCAUUACAAAUGGCACUGCUCUAUGCUUUGGAUCUGUCAGUUCUACAUAGAAGAGAAGAUGGAGAAGAAUUAGCCAAGAAACUUCCAUUAAUACAAGAUCCAGACCUCAUAUCAGUAUUACUAGACCAACUCUCCCCCCCGGCCGAACAGAAUCAGACACAAGAGGGAGACAAAAAUAGCAACGGCUUAAAAGCGUUAUGCCAGUUAUCUUUAGGCUUAGCAUUGGCGGCGUUAAAGAGGGCUCCAGUGUCAUUGUUAAGACGAGCGGAACCUAAGACGGAGUUGUUGGAUCAGGAUGAGAUGUUAGUGGAUGCUGCAAUUGAUGGAGGGGUAUUUGAGUAUUUGGACGAAGCAAUUUUGUCGUCGGACCUGGUCGCCUCCGAGGAGUACUACCAGCGUCGCAUCCAUUCCCUCAUCACCGAUUUCAUCGUGCUUAUGCAUUCCAAGCUUAUGGAGAUGAGAGUCAAAGCAGAGGAGGCAGCGCGAGCGGCGCAGAUGUACCAGGCGGAGGGGCUGGCGGCACCCGGCGCGCCGCGCAGUCGGCUGGACGCGUUGCUCCGCUGCGUGGAGCGUCUGUACGCGCGGGACCCGCUCGGACUGCGCCGCGACUAUUGGGCCGCCUGCGAUGCCACGCAGCACACCUACCGGGCGGGCGGGCGCGCGGCCACGCUGUACAAGUUCGUGCGGCUGUCGGGCGAGGUGGUGGUGGCGGCGCUGCUGCCGGGCUACCUGCGCGCGCUGGCGGCGCUGGCCGUGCCGCGCCACACGUGGGCGCUGCUGGCGCGCCGCGACGCGCUCUCCGCGCACCACCUGCUCACGGCGCUCUCGCUCUACUACAGGAACCUGCGCGCCGACCCGUCCCCGUUCUCCGAGCACGCGCACGCGUCGUCGCUGGGCGCGUCCGCCGUCGUGACGCCCGCGGCGCGCCCCGGCCGCCUGCUCGUGCGCCAGGAGGAGGUGGAAGCAAUGAUCGCAGCACUCAAGCUGAUCGCGUCAGUAGCUAAACAGGACGAAGCCGCUUGCAUCAGUAUAUGUGAAAACUUGCAGUGGGAUGCUGUCAACUGCAUGUUCGGUCUGAUCUGCUGCCACGUCCCCCUGCCGCUGAAGGCGGAGCUGUGCCUCACGCUGGCGGCGCUGGGCGGCGGCGCGGCCACGGCGGGACGCGUGUGGGCGGCGCUCGAGGCGGCGCAGCUGGUCUCCGUCGCCAAGGACAAGCGCGCGCUCAAUGUGGAGCUGCAGGAGGUGGAGUGUCGCCUGGAGCAGUACCCGCUGUCGCGCGCGUUCCUGUCGCUGCUGGACGCGCUGUGCGGCGCCGCGCCGCCGCCGCGCGCGCUGGGCGCCGGCGCGCGCGCGCCCGGCCUCGACCCCUACCUCGAGCACGCGCUGGCGCGCCUGGCGCUGCCCGCGCCGCACCGCCCCUACGCGCGCCCCGCCGAGAAGUGGCAGGUGCUAUCCCUCUGCUUCCAAUUGUUCGCACGCUGGCUCGACCAGUACGAACCCGCGGCGUCCGACUUCCCCCCUCCGAAUAGAGAACCGGAUACGAACCCACCUCCAGGGUUUAGACUAUUACUGCAACUACACACCAAGUCUGAGUUUCUGCGUCUUGUGCUGUCUACACUGGAUGAGGCCCAUGAGUUGAUGGAUCGCCAGCCGUCACCAGAACAGGAAUACGUGCAUAAGACCCUGAUAAGUACGCUGCAAAUUCUAGAGCGAGCUUUGACUUUGGAGCGCCCACUUAAUGUAGCAGCUGCUGAGGCGGGUCGGGCGGUGCUCGUUGUUGGAUUGUCCAAACUUAUAUUGGCGCCCGAGGGCCCCGAGAACUGCGACCGCCUAGUGACGUGCUGCCGCGUGCUGGAGCACGUGUCGCUGCUGCCCGAGGCUGCGGCGCGGGCCGUGGCGCUGCUGUGUCGCGCGCUGCAGUCUCCCGCUUGCGCGAGGCAUCUGCUGGCUACUGUGCAGUACCGGCACGACCUCGCCGCCGACAUUAGGUAUGGGUUCGUGGAAUGCCUGGAGGCGGAGGAGUGGGGCGCGGGCGCUGGUGCCGCAGCACGCAGCGCCAAGGAGGGCGUGCUGAUGCUGCUGCUGCAACUGUUGCCCGCCGCGCCGCCCUCCCUGGCGCACUUCCUGCUGGGCUACAGCUUGAACGACGAUAUAUCUCGCAGUGUCCUGCAAGAGGCGGGUAGUGCGGGAGCGCCUCGGACUUGCUUCCACUCUAUACUAGACAUACUGGAGGAGUACAUUGCGCCCAGUGGGGAUACGCAAAAAGAAGCGACGACGCUCAUCGAGAGCUGUUACCGGCUGUUAUAUUGGAUCUGCGCCCGCCCCGCCACUUCCCCGCCCGCUCUGCGGUUCCUGCGAGCGAGGGAUUACUUCCUUGCCAGACAUGCCAAGGCUGUGGUCAAUCUUGAGACGGCGUCCCCGGCGACGGUGUCGGCGCGCUCGUGGGCGCUGCGCGCGUGUGCCUGCGGUGCGGCGGCGGCGGGCGCGGGCCGGCAGCACGCCGCGCUGGCCGCGCUGCUGGCCGCGCUGGCGCAGCCGCACGCGCGCGACCAGUGGGAGUGGUGCGUGCUGCGCCGCUUGCUGGAGUCGCUGCCGGUGCGCGUGGAGGCGGCGCCCGAGCCCGCCUGGGAACUGUUCCACGCCAGCCAGCUGCGCCGCGCCAUCGCCGACUGCGACCUGCCCACCGGUCUGGGCGGUAAACGCAUCAGCGUGUCCCGAGUGCACGCGCUGCUGAGCCGCGAGCUGGCGGCGCUGCGGGCGUCCGCGCCGCAGAGGAACCUCGUCGCGCUGGAGAUACAGAAGGUAUUAGAUUACGUGACGGAAGUAAACAAACAACGCAAUUUAGCGGCCACACUCACACACUAUUACGACUCGUGGCGACAACUCACUGAAAUACUGUUCUGCGUCGCACCUCAAGAUCUUCUAAAUCUUGAAUCCAGGAAGAACCUCCUUCUAAACAUUCUACAAGAUCUUCUGAAUAAAAUACCACCCGCGGAAGUUUUACCACAAAUUGGUAAUUUGGCGUCUGGGACAAUAUUGUUACUACUUGUUAACCUGCGUCAUUGUUACAUUCUCCAGAAGAGGGAAUCUUCGUUGAAAACUGCUGAAUUCGAAACCAGUUUCUUCGGACCUUCGAACCAAAUCAUGCAAACGAAAUCUCUAACUUUGAAGUUUAUUCUGCACAAGAUUUUAAGCUGGAUCUUAGUGUCGGGAGUAUCUACGCAGAAGAUGAGAGUUAACUUGUACGGAGCGCUCCUUAACUUCUUAAAUAUAGUCAAUUUGAAGCCUAGUUCCGCUGAUCCAGAAGAGGAGCUAAAUGCAACGUAUGUAAGUCGACUCGAUAGUUCGAAAGCGCGCCCCAGCAGAGAAGAAUCGACCUUAAAGUCCAUGGCUAUAGAGGUGAUAAACAGUUUCGGUGAGAAACUCUGCUCAAUAGUGUGCAGUGACUGUAUCGGCGGUGGUCACGACGUCUGCCGCAUGGUGGCACUGUCUUGUUUAGAUACGAUGAUUGAAAUCAACCCUGGGACCGACUGGAUGAACACGUUGACCAAUCAAGGAUAUUUGAGGAGUCUUAUUGACAGCCUUUUGCAAGACGACGAAGGUUUAAAAGAGGCCCUGGAGCCGAAGCCCAAGUCGCUGCGCGUGCUGUACGUGUUCGAGUCCAAGCUGGCGCUGCUCAUCAAGCUGGCGGGCACGCGCGCCGGCGCCGAGACGCUGCUGGCGCAGGGCGCGCUGGCGGCGCUGGCGGGGCUGCGCGCGCUCGACUGCCACCCCGACAUGCACGCCGGCCUGCCCGAGCGGGACCCCGACUUCGUGCCCAACGUGCCCACCCGGUUCCGUCAGAUCUUGAUCCCGAGCUUGGCGCUGUGCGACGCGCUGCUGACCACGCUGGGCACGUACAACCACAGCUGCGUGCUGCACACCGUGCACCUGCUGCUCAGCCACCUCGAGUGUGUCGACAUGGUUUUGCGAGCGGCGCACCCGAGCUCGCCGCCAGGGCUGCUGCAGGAGCUGGAGGCGCUGACGUCGGUCAUCUCGCGCACGUCCACCCGCGAGGUGUUCGGGCCCGUGCUCUCCGACACGGCGCUGCAGUCGGGCGCGGCGGGCGUGCAGCGCAUCCAGUUCCUCAUGCUGGCGCUGCUGCCGCGCUUCCAGCAGCCGCCGCCGGAGAACCCCGAGCAGGACGCCACCCUCUACUAUAAGAUCGUGUGGAACCUGCUGAUGUUCGCGCUGAACACGCUGGAGGAGGCGUGGGCGGGCGGCGCGUGGGCGGAGGGCGGGCGGCGCGCGGGCGGCGCGGCGCUGGCGCUGCUGCAGGCGCUGCUGCUGCGGCGCCGCGCGCACGGCAAGCUGCUGGCCACCGUGCGGCACCAGCUGCACAGCGUGCCCUCCAUGACGCUCAUGGACAUGAAGAAGCUGCUGGGCGAGUCGUUGGCGCCGUCCCCGUCGGUCCAGUCUGAAGCGCGCGCGGCGCUGGUGACGCGUUUGCGCGACAAAGCGCUGCAGCGCCGCCGCGAGCUCCAGCUGUGCUCGCACGCCGCGCACGCAGCGCUGCAGCUGCUGCACGCGCACGCGAGACGGGUGCUGCGAGUAUCGCUGCCGGACCAGCUCGCAAUGGAAACCGACGCGAUGACCAAAGCGGCAGCGAUACGCGGCGCCGUCGGCGAAGACGCUGUGAUGUUGCGGAAAGAACUACAAACAGUCUUCAAUGAACGAUUUGUUGAUGAACUGCUCGAGACCGCUAAGAACCAGCCGCCCGUCCAGAGCGGGUUCCUCGAAGUACUCGUAAAGGAUAUCAAGACGAUGAUACAGUUCUCGCCGUACUAACUCCUUCGACCUAAUGUUUAAAUUGUGUAAUAAGUGAUUUUGUACUAAGUUUAUUGAAAUAAAAAUAUAUGAUUUUUGUA